GAGGUUCCUGACUGAGUUCUUCAGUUCUUCUUUGCUCCAUCAUGCUUCUGUCUCUGGCCCUCGUCCUGCAGCUGCUGGACUUUAGUCCAGUGCAGAGCUACUCCUUAAAGGCAUUUCAUAAAGAGAGCUCUGUAGAGACUGAUAACAGCACUGAGCAGGACUAUUUUUCAGUGUCUGCCAUAAUUGAACGAGCCAACAAGAAUGUCGACCAAACCCUGGAUGAAUCCACAGUUUUGUUUGGUGAUAUAGCAGAAUAUACUGGCUUCCAGAAUGCAGACCCAUGCAUAUCUCGUGGGUGCAAAUGGUCCAAACACAAAAAAGGAAAGGUUUAUGUGCCCUAUAGUAUUUCCAACCAAUACUCAAUCCGUGAAAAACAAAUUAUUCAAGGUGCUCUAUACUCUUUUGCAAAUACCACCUGCAUACGAUUCAUACCUCGCUACAGACAACAAGACUACCUUCACAUUAAGUCUGAAUCAGGGUGCUACUCCUUUGUGGGCCGUAGGGGUGGAGAGCAGGUUGUGUCUCUACAACGCUUUGGGUGUGUCUAUCAUGGUGUUGUCCAACAUGAGCUUCUCCACGCCCUCGGCUUCAAGCAUGAACAGACCCGCAGUGACCGUGAUGUGCAUGUCCGAAUCCUCUACCAAAACAUUAUUCAUGGAAUGGAACAUAACUUCCAAAAAUUCCAAACUAACAACCUUGGCACCCCAUAUGACUACAACUCCAUCAUGCAUUAUGGAAGAUACGCUUUCUCCAAGAACACGGAGCCAACCAUCAUUCCUAUCCCAAACAAUAAUGUUGCUAUUGGACGAGCCACUGAGAUGAGCCGUGUUGACUUCCAGCGAGUUAAUAAACUCUACUGCGGUUAAUGUCUGAAAAAGGAGGUUUUGCUCAUGUAUGCCCCUAGAGGUUUUCAGAAAAAGGUUUUCAGAAAAUUAGGAUUAGUCCAUAGAACCCCGGUUCCUUGUCUUGGACUUCAGUCACUCCAGUUACUAGACUGAUGUAGCAUUAUAUAACUAAAGUAUUAAAAACUUUCAGGUCAUAAAUUUACUUUCUCUUAAUGCCAGUUUGUAGCAAAAAAAAUAUUUUCUGUUUUAAAAUAAGUGUGAAAAUAGCAUUAGGAACUUACAGAAAAAAGUGUCUUAAAAGGUGAAAUGGUGGGAAUGGCUAUUCUUAAUAAACACUGCUUUAACACA